GCAGGUUGUUUCAGCACAAGGGGCAGAGUCCACACGCACGGAAUGAACUGACACUAGUAACAGGAAAAGGGACCGAGAGGGAGAGUGUGAGGAGAUAGGAGGCACAAGAAGAAGAGACAGUGGCAAGCAAUCAGACUGUACCAGAUUUAGUGGAAAAUCUGACCAAGCAAAAGACGACUCUGGAAUAAGCUGCCUUCUGCCCCCACCCCCUUUUUAUUUUCUAUCCCAGCCAAACAUUGCUGGAAGGAAAGUGUGUGUGCGUAAAUUACUUCAGUUAAUCCUCGCUGUCUCUGCUACAAAGACCAAAGAGGACUCCUUUACCAUGGUGAAAGAAAAAGUGGCCCAUUCCCAAGAACCUCACCACUCCACUGAGAAGCCUGUCAUCCACUGCCAUAAAUGUGAGGAGCCGUGUAAAGGCGAAGUGCUCCGUGUCCAGUCCAAGCACUUUCACAUCAAAUGCUUCACCUGCAAAGUGUGUGGCUGUGACCUGGCCCAAGGAGGUUUUUUCAUUAAGAACGGGGAAUACCUCUGCUCUGUGGAUUACCAGCGCAUGUAUGGAACCCGCUGCAAUGGCUGUGGGGAAUUCGUGGAAGGAGAAGUAGUGACAGCUCUGGGGAAAACCUACCAUCCGAACUGCUUUGCCUGCACUGUUUGCAAACGCCCGUUUCCACCAGGAGACCGGGUUACCUUCAAUGGAAGGGAUUGUCUCUGUCAAAUGUGUGCUCAGCCAAUGGCAUCCAGUCCAAAAGAGAUCUCCAGCUCAAGCAAUUGUGCUGGCUGUGGAAGAGAUAUAAAAAAUGGCCAAGCGCUACUAGCACUGGAUAAGCAGUGGCACCUGGGAUGCUUUAAGUGCAAGGCAUGUGGCAAGGUCCUGACUGGGGAAUACAUCAGCAAGGAUGGUGCCCCUUAUUGUGAAAAGGACUACCAGGUUCUCUUUGGGGUCAAAUGUGAAGCAUGUCACCAGUUCAUCACCGGGAAGGUCCUAGAGGCAGGUGACAAGCAUUAUCAUCCGAGCUGUGCACGAUGCAGCAGAUGCAACCAAAUGUUCACGGAAGGAGAAGAAAUGUACCUGCAAGGUUCCACUGUAUGGCAUCCAGACUGUAAGCAGUCCACUAAGGCAGAAGAUAAGCUCCGGCAUUCCUCAUCUGAUUUCUUUUAUCCAAAGAGUCUGGUUCUGCGCAGACCACGCUCUACAGAGCUGUUCUCACCGCCUUGCAUAAUGAACUCAAUCAAAAAACUAAGGCAGCCUACAAGGACAUCAUCUGAAAGUAUUUAUUCCAGACCAGGUUCCAGUAUUCCUGGCUCACCAGGACAUACUAUCUAUGCAAAAGUAGACAAUGAGAUCCUUGAUUACAAGGAUUUAGCAGCUAUUCCCAAAGUCAAGGCCAUUUAUGACAUUGAACGUCCAGACCUAAUUACUUAUGAGCCAUUCUACACUUCCGCCUACGAGGAGAGACAGGAGAGACAGAGUCUUGGAGAGUCUCCAAGGACACUGUCUCCCACCCCGUCUGCAGAAGGUUAUCAGGAUGUUCGGGAUCGCAUGAUUCACAGGUCAACCAGUCAGGGCUCUAUUAGUUCUCCAGUGUAUAGUCGACACAGCUACACGCCCACAAUGUCACGCUCCCCUCAGCAUUUCCACAGACCUGCUUCAUUCUACAUAGGCAAUGAGCCGUCCAGCGGUCGGAACUCCCCUGUCCCUUAUCGGCCAGACAGCCGCCCUCUAACUCCAACUUACGUUCAGGCCCCUAAACAUUUCCAUGUUCCAGAUCAAGGCAUCAACAUUUACAGGAAACCACCCAUCUAUAAACAACAUGAUGCAACUGCUUUGGCAGCACAGAGCAAGUCCUCCGAGGAUAUCAUCAAGUCCUCCAAGUUCCCAGCAGCCCAUGCUCCAGCACCCAACGAGAUACCAAAGAUUGAGACAGACCACUGGCCAGGUCCUCCCUCACUUGCGGCUGUAGCAGGAGCCGACAUGAGACGCAGAUCAAGUGGCAGAGAGGAAGAAGAUGAAGAGCUCCAGAGACGUCGGCAGCUACAGGAGGAGCAGCUCAUGAAGCUUAACUCAGGUCUGGGGCAACUGAUAUUAAAAGAAGAAAUGGAAAAGGAGACUCGCGAUAGGCCACCUCUUUCAGCCAGUCGUUAUGAUUCUCCAAUUAAUUCAUCCUCACAAGCCUCGGCCUCUAAAACCUCCUCCCUCCCUGGCUAUGGAAGAAAUGGACUGCACAGGCCGGUAUCUACAGACUUUGGUCAGUACAAUAGUUAUGGGGAUGUGAGCGGUGAUGUUCGAGAUUUCCAGUCCCUCCCGGAUGGUCAUGUCCCCGGAAUGAGAAUGGACAGAGGAGUGUCUAUGCCUAACAUGUUGGAACCAAAGAUUUUUCCAUAUGAAAUGCUCAUGGUGACCAACAGAGGGCGAAAUAAAAUAUUACGGGAUGUAGACAGAACCCGGCUUGAGCGUCACUUAGCACCGGAAGUUUUUCAAGAAAUAUUUGGCAUGACAAUACAAGAGUUCGACAAGUUACCUCUUUGGAGACGCAACGACAUGAAGAAGAAAGCAAAACUCUUUUAAUUCACUCUACAUUUAUAGCCCUUUAAACAAAACAAAACAAAUUGCAUAAGAUAUUGUAUGAUAAAGUCCAUAUUCUCUUUGGAGAGCAACUUACUCAUCCACCAAAAAGGGAAAAUCUGACAAAGGCACCUGUAUUCAUAGCAAUUGGGCCAACAUGAACAUUUGCCAAUGGGGUAAAAAUUUCUAUGUUCAGAAACUUGAUGGCAAUUUUCACAUGUGUAAACUUUUUACAUGUCGUAUACAUGAUAGGAAGCGGUUCUUUUCUUCUCCCUCAAUAAUAUUCCCUUUAAUUUUUGUCCUGAAUAUGACGGACUUUAUUCCUCGAGCCAGGAAGUGCGCUUAGGAUGCCUAGUAGAAUGAAAGAAUUGUAAUCACUUCAAGAAAUGAAUAUAUAUACAUAUAUUCUGUAGUAUACCCAUAUGGUAAAAUUAAUCCUUUUUGCACACCAUUUCUUAACUGGCACUGUUUUAAAACAGCAUAUUCUUUCUGUUAUGAAAGAAUGAGGCAGGCAGUUUGCUCUGUUCUGCUGCAUACCAACCAAAUUAUUGGAAAACAAAUUCCCUGCUUGUACUUGUACUACAUAUAUGCUAGGAUAUCAA